UGCGUCGGUCCAUCGAUGGAGCCAACAUUGACCACGAAUAAUGUGCUCAUCACCGACCGCAUCACUCCGCGGCUCUCAAAGCUGCAGCGCGGGGACAUAAUCAUCGCGAAAAGCCCCACGAAUCCGGUGCAGUAUGUGUGCAAACGCAUCAUCGGUAUGCCGGGAGAUCGCAUCAUGACGCGUGCCUCGUUUAACCUUAACCCGCUAUCGAACACGUACACCAUUUACACGGCGGUACUACCGAACGCCUCGGGUGGCAUCGAGCCGGACAAUCAACGACAGAAUCCUCCACAUUACGAAGCGAUGGCUAAGUUGCGCGAUAAGGUCGACUAUGUGAGCCAGAGUGCGGUGGACGAAACAUCAAAAAGGCCCGACCCGUCUCCAAAACACGCCGCGAUGAGCGACGUCAAGCAGGUCACGAACAUGGAUGAUAUGGAUCAACCCGAGCCGAGAACAAGCAUCGUUACCGUACCCCGGGGCCAUCUGUGGAUAGAGGGUGACAACGUACAGAAUAGUUCCGAUUCUCGCAAUUACGGCCCGGUUCCGAUCGGGCUCGUGAAAAGCCGUGCUGUGUGCCGCCUAUGGCCUUUGAAUGAGUUCAAACUGUUCAUUUGAAGUUUAGCAAAUGUGAAAAUCCCCCCACAUAGUUGCCGUGAAACGGCAAUCGGCUAGGGGUUUCUUGCAAUCCGU